UGAACUCUCUUGCAUUUUUCUGUCAAAUGUAAAUGACAAAAACAUCCACUUCUCUCUCCUUUCUUCUUCGGUUCUUCCCUUUCCACAUCCUUUUCUCUCCUCCUUUAUCAAUUUCCGUUAACCUUGAUGAUUGCAAAAACUUAAUUUAUGCUGUUUUUUUUCAUUCGGUCUUAAUUUCCCCCAAUUUUUCUCGAUUUUUGAAUGUAAUUUAGGGUUUUGAUGAUGUUGUGUUCGUUUUGAAGAGGCGUUCGUUGUGAAUUUCAAUUUGUGCUUGCUGCGGCUGUUUAAGCUUAAUUUUAAGCUUUGAGAGAGUUUUUGGACUGAAUGUUAUGGUGAAUUUGAAUUUGCAGCUAUAUUUAUCAAUGUCGUAAGAAUAAUUAGAUUUGUGAUUGUUGUGGUGUAAUUUUCUCCGAAAAUGGCGGCGGAUGCUGCGAAGACGGAUGAGAAGAGAGAGAAAAUGUCGGUUGCAGAGUUGAAGGAGCGUCAUGCUGCUGCUAUUGAGCAAGUUAAUUCUCUUAGAGAACAAUUGAAGCAACGUCGUCGUAGUCUUCUUGACACUGAUGUUGCGAGUUUUGCGGCGGCGCAAGGAAAGACGGCAGUGAGUUUCGGACAGACGGAUCUCGUGUGCUGUAGAACUUUGCAAGGUCAUACUGGAAAGGUGUAUUCUCUAGAUUGGACCCCUGAGAAAAACCGAAUUGUCAGUGCAUCUCAAGAUGGGAGGCUUAUAGUUUGGAAUGCCCUAACAAGUCAGAAGACUCAUGCCAUCAAAUUGCCUUGUGCAUGGGUGAUGACAUGUGCUUUCUCCCCUACUGGUCAAUCAGUUGCCUGUGGAGGUCUGGAUAGUGUUUGCUCAAUAUUCAACCUAAAUUCGACCACUGAUAGAGAAGGAAAUCUUCCUGUUUCAAAAACUCUCAGUGGGCAUAAGGGGUAUGUAUCUUGCUGUCAAUACAUUCCAGAUGAAGACACCCAUUUGAUUACCAGUUCUGGUGAUCAGACUUGCAUUUUGUGGGAUACGACUACUGGACUACGAACAUCUGUGUUUGGAGGUGAAUUUCAGUCUGGGCAUACUUCUGAUGUUUUGAGCAUUUCAAUAAGCAGAGCAAAUAGUAAAAUGUUUGUAUCUGGUUCGUGUGAUUCUACUGCCCGAUUGUGGGAUACUCGUGUUGCGAGUCGUGCUGUGCGGACAUUUUACGGCCACGAGGGAGAUGUAAAUACUGUGAAGUUUUUCCCAGAUGGUAACAGAUUUGGCACUGGUUCAGAAGAUGGCACAUGCAGACUGUUUGAUAUUCGUACUGGGCAUCAACUUCAGGUAUACUACCAGCCGCAUAGUGAAAAUGAAGUUCCUCCCGUGACAACCAUAGCUUUUUCCGUAUCUGGAAGGCUUCUCUUUGCUGGGUAUUCAAAUGGUGAUUGUUAUGUUUGGGACACACUACUGGCAAAGGUGGUUCUAAAUUUAGGAUCACUUCAAAACUCACAUGCUGGAAGAAUCAGUUGUCUAGGACUGUCAGUUGAUGGGAGCGCCCUAUGCACUGGAAGUUGGGACACUAACUUAAAGAUUUGGGCUUUUGGAGGACACAGGCGGGUAAUCUAAUCUGCAAUGACAGCUACCCCUAAAUUAUACUUCUAUAUUAUUAAUCUUCUCUGCCUGAGCCUACAGAUUCCACUCUGAUCUCAAGUACUACAUAUUGUAAAUUUAUUAUUUUGCGUCUUUUUUCUUGUAAACCCUUUGAGAUGCUAUUGAUUUAGUUUUUGUUUUUGCUGUAAUUGUGAGUUUUGGUUUGAAAGCUUGCUCUGAUUUGCUACA